AUGCCGAAGCAGGAUCCUAGCGAGGUUGCACACCUCGUGGACAGCCUUGAGGCUGCCAGCAAAUGGUCCAAGAAAGAGGCGAAGCAGAAAUAUUCGUGCCGGAAAUCGACAUUUGCAGUUGACAAUUCAAAGAAUAAUAUCCACGUACAUUCGUGGAAGUUCAUGGAUUGGGACUAUAAGCGCCACGACCUCCCUACCUACGCCCGGGGACUCUUCACCACCAAGCUCAGUGACGGCACCCCCGAGAUUGCAAUCCGCGGCUAUGAUAAGUUCUUCAACGUGAACGAGGUCUCAGCAACGAGGUGGGAUCAGAUCGAGCAAUACACACGAGGCCCGUACGAGCUUAGCGUGAAAGAGAACGGCUGUAUCAUUUUCAUAUCCGGCCUAGAAGAUGACACAUUGCUUGUAUGCAGCAAGCAUUCUACCGGUGUCAGAGAGGGCGGUGUAAGCCAUGCUAAAGCCGGGGAAGAAUGGAUCGAGCGCCACGUUGCAUCGGUGGGCAAGUCGACGAAAGAUCUGGCGAGAGAGCUCUGCAGGAUGAAUGCCACUGCCGUAGGGGAGUUAUGCGAUGAUAGCUUUGAGGAGCAUGUUCUUGCAUACAAUGAGACCGUUGCAGGCAUAUACCUUCAUGGAAUAAACUUCAACCUGCCGCAGUUUGCAACUCUACCAAGCGCGGAUGUUCACAAGUUUGCCGACGAGUGGGGCUUCAGGAAGGCCAAAUUUCUGACGCUGGAUGAUAUCCAGUCUGUCAAGGGAUUCCUGGAGAAAUGUGCGGAGACGGGGACUUGGGACGGCAGGGAGACAGAGGGAUUUGUGGUCCGAUGCCAGAGGAUAGAGGGAGCAUCGGGUCCGUACCAUGAUUGGUUCUUCAAGUACAAGUUUGAGGAGCCAUAUUUGAUGUACAGACAGUGGCGCGAAUGCACUAAAGCUGUCAUCUCUGGGAGGUUGCCCAAGAUCAAGAAGCACCACAAAAUUACUGAGGAGUAUUUACAGUACGCUCGCAGACAGCUCAUGAAGGACCCGAAAAUCGGCAAGCUGUAUAACCAGAAUCAUGGCAUUAUCGCCAUGCGGAACGGAUUUCUCGAGGAGCGGGGACUGCAGGGGUCCGACAUCAUCAAGAUGGAAGCUGAGGGUGAGGGUGAGUCAACGGUAACUAAGAACGUUGUCCUAGUUCCCAUUGCUUCGCUCGGCUGUGGCAAGACUACCGUGGCUCUAGGUCUAGUCAAAUUAUUUGGUUGGGGCCACAUCCAGAAUGACAACAUUCCCAAGCAGAAGAACAAACCGAAGACGUUCGCAUUCGAAGUGACGAAGGCACUUGUGGAUCACCCGGUUGUGAUAGCGGACCGCAAUAACCACCAGAGACGUGAGCGGAAACAGCUGAUAGAUGACACCCGUCCUGUUAUUGAGAAUGCACGAUACGUCGCCCUCCACUGGGUCCACGAGCCGAAGGAUCAACUGCUCCCUGGGAUCCGGGAUGUCACCCGCCGGCGAGUCCUAGAGCGAGGUGACAACCAUCAGACCAUCCGGGCAGGAAGCAAGGACGCGGAAGACGUGAUUGGAAUCAUGGAGGGAUUCCUCAGGCGGUUUGAAGGCGCUAACACUUCUAUCGACCCCGACGGCGAGUUCGACGAAGUCAUCGAUCUCGAUGUCACAGCUUCGUCCCGCGAUAAUUUGGAGAAAGUCAUCACCGCACUGCACUCCUCUUACCCACAACUCAUCAAAAGCGUUCCCACGCCGCAGGAGCUGGACGACGCUAUCAACUCGGCCAUGCACGAGUAUCAGGUCCAACUAGACCUGAGCCAUCAGUACGGUGGCUCCUCAAAGAAGAUCAACAAGAAACAGGGCAAGGAUCAGGAACCGCAGCAGCAGCAAAAACAACAACUGAAGCCUAUCAAUGCGGAAUUCCUCGCAGGAAAGAUCGAAUACUUUAAUAUCUCCAUCCCAACAGCGGAUGUAUCAUCUAUCCUCCAAUCCCUAUUCACACCCAAAUCUGUCUCGCCGGAAAAGGCCCGUUUAUACAAUCACCUCCUCCAAUCCCGUCGUAUUCAGCCCAGCUUCCAUGUAACACUGAUUCACCGCGCAUCGAAGCAAGACCGUCCUGAGAUAUGGAGCCAAUACAUAAAUGAAUACCUGCACGCAAUGAACCAGCAACAGCAAGACGAGAAGAAGCAGAUCACGCCUCCACUCGGACCCGCUCGAGUCCGCCUGGAACGUCUCAUCUGGAACAAUCGCAUUAUGGCCUUUGUGGCCCGCAUCAUGCCCCGCAAUGAUGAUUCCACCACCGGUUCUGACUGGCCUUGCGCGAAUCCUAUCCCACAUGUCACGGUCGGGACGGCAUCGGCGGAUAUCAAGCCAAAGGAGAGCAACGACCUGUUGAAGCAGUGGUUGGAGGUUGGAUCUGGUGGAGAUACGGGGAUCUGGGAGUCUGAAGUCCCAGGCGUGAGGGUGGUUCAAGGGGUUGUGACGGAGGUUCUGAUGAGGGGGUUGAAGUAUUAA